GCAAGCAGACAGCAUACUUGAAGAGACUCUGAGGGGAAUAAAUACUGAAAAAAACUUCAAUGUUGCUAAUGGAGAUCCCGGUCCCGGUCAGGGGGAGGAGUAGUUUUAGUGCCUACCUCCCUGCACCAAACACAAUGCUCCAUUAUAAUGGGCCUCACUCCGCUACUCACCAGGAGGAGGAGGAGGAGGAGGAGGAGAGGGAAGAUGAGGAGAACGAGGUAGAGGGGGAGGAAGAGGAAAAGGAGGAGGAGGAGGAGGAGGAGAAGGAGGAGGAGGAGGAGGAGGAGGAGAGGGAAGAUGAGGAGAACGAGGUAGAGGGGGAGGAAGAGGAAAAGGAGGAGGAGGAGAAGGAGAAGGAGAAGGAGGAGGAGGAGGAGGAGGAGAGGGAAGAGGAGAAUGAGGUGGAGGGGGAGUAGGAGGCGGCGGCGGCGGAGGAGGAGGAGGAGGAGGAGGAGGAGGAGCAGAGAAAAGACGCGAUGAGGAAGAGAGGGAAGCUGCAGAGGAGGAGGUGGAGGGGGAGGAAGAGGAGUCUGUCUUCAGUUGAAGUUUUGGCUUUGUUUCAAACCAAUGAAAAACCAUCCCUUUUUAACCCCUCCUCUUCCGUCGCUAUACAAGUACGCAACAUAGACAUCCUUCUACACAUAACAAAUCUCUUAUUCCUCC